CAUAAUAUCGUCAGAGUUCGUUUAAAUAUAUUCGUGUACAUUUUCUGUUGGCAGUUAUUGCAUAUAUACAAUUUCACAAUAACCUUUCUGUCUCGCCAAAUGAAGUUGCAUAUUUAGAGCUUGUUAUUUGAUCCAUAAGCUACCUAAAAGAGAAACUGACUCAAUACUUUGCAGUGAAUUGCAGAAUUUGAAAGAACAUUCACGAAAAUACACGAAGUUGUAAGCCAAACAAAAAAAUCUCAACGUUGGUAGCAGAGCACAAGUGCGCAAUAUAAAAUGGAAUAGAAAGAACUGCGGAGUACACAUAAUCAAGAAGUGAACUGACCAGAGAAGAAGUAUUUUUUCGGCCAAAUCGAAGUUUAGAAAACAAGUGAAGUGCGUUAAGAAACCAAAACCAAGGACCUUUAAACGAGCAAAAGUGUCACAUAACAAAAAGAUUAUUUUGCCAGAAGUUUAGAUUAUUACAAAAAACAAAAAAUUAAAAUGGAACGCAAAUCGCAUUUGGAUGAAAAUUUAUUGAAGAUUACAUACAAUGAUGGGGACAACACGCUGAACUGUUAUAUUAAGAUGCCAUCCCCAAUUUAUGAGGUAUUGAAACGGGAAAUCAGCAUGAGUCUUUUUGAUCAACGCAAGGUGCCGCAGUGUGAUUUAAAAACCUACUGGUUUGAUGAAGAUUUUGAUGAAAUCGAUGUUGUCAAUCAGUGUGAUUACGACGUGUUCCGUUCGAAACGCUUAGGAAAAGAGCACCUUUAUGUCGCACCAAUAAAACAAUCACCAAAAGUUGAAGAAAAGGAAGCUAAGAAAGAGAAUGAUCCAGCAGAUUUUGUCAUACACGAACUUGUAGAAUGUGACAGUUGUGGAUUGAACCCAAUUGUCGGUUUUCGGUAUAAAUGCAUUCAGUGCCCUAACUUUGAUUUGUGCCAACGCUGCGAAGCUCAGCAUAAGCACCCAGAUCACAUGAUGGUUAGAAUGCCUUCAGAAAACUCGCCUCACGUAAUUGAUGCAUGGUUAAGUGGCCCAUGCGGACGAGGCAGCGGUCGGCGUUCAAAGCGUGAAAGAAAAGGCUCUAACAGUGGUGGUUGCCCUUUCUUCGAACACUCCACUCCAACAUCAGCAGCUGGAAACGGGACCGAGGCUAGGGCUAAUGCUUAUGCUGAGGCAAAUAUUGGUACAGGAGGUGGAAAGCAUCAUCACCAUCACGAACGCAAGCAUCACCGUCGUCAGAUGCGUAAUGGCUUUUUGUCGCAUAUGUAUGAAAUGAUGUCAGACUUUGCCGAGGGUGGCGCGGCUUACAGGCGAAUGGGUGAUGACAUACCUAGCACCUCAACACCCAGUGCUCCACCAAAGUCAGAGGAUUCGGCUAAAGUAAAUAAAGAUAAUGGAGCAAAAGAAGCAAAUGAAGCCGUUAAUGCCGCUUGUGAGUCAGCAACAAAAGCAGCUGAGGUUGCAAAUGAAAUUGCUGCCAAGGUAACUGAGCAGGCGGCAGAAAUUACAGCAGCAGUUGCAGAGCAAGUAGCCGCACAAGUUACAAAUGAUUUAUUUAAUACCGAAUCAUCUACUUCGAAAACAGAGGGUCAGAAUGCUGCUACAGGAGCAGAGAAACAGGCUUAUGGAAGUGCUAACACUGGUGCCUCAACUCCUACAUCCGACGAUGUCAACAGGAAAUCAUAUGAAAACACUUCAGUCCCUGUCACUCCGACUCUCGAAGACCUUACCCAAUUUCUCGAUCCCAAAUUCAUGAAAGCAGGCAUUCAGAUGCUUAACAACUUCAGCAGUAUGUUCGCAAAAAUGAUCGACCCAAUAGAUGGAGCUGAUGAAAGCUUUGUUCCAAGUUAUGUUAAUUCUGGUGAUCAAGCACGUAAAGCCUCUACAGCCUCAGCUGCAAGUUCAAGUGGAUCAACAUCAACAUCAACAUCAAAGUCUGCAGCACAGCAGGCACCUAAAGUUGAGGAGAAAAAUCAAAACGAGAAAUCGGAAAAUAAGGAAGCCGUAGCAACCAUAGCGGACACCACCACAAAAUCUACCGCAAUUCUCGAGGAAAAAGCCGCAGAAGACCCACAAACUCCAGAACGUCGACGAUCACAGAGCGAAGAUAAUGACUGGCAAAUGAUUGAUAGGCAAGCUGCUGAAUCUACUGUAAAUUUAAUUGAUAUUUCAGCGGCUAGUUCAACCGACUCGAUUGAAAAAAUUGAGUCACCCGGGGCAGUAGCAAUAACAGCAGCUCCAGCUUCAAAUUCUGACAUAACUUUUCAAAAACUUAGCAUGGAUUUGAAAAAUCAUGUAGAAAGUGAAAAGCAAAAUGAGCAGAUGGCAAAGAAAACUGAACUCGCUGAUUUUUCUGGUGCACAGCACAAGCCAAUGGCCAGCAAUAGCACAUCUUCGGCCGCCAAUAGCACUGGCGCUACACCCAUAACUAUAGCAUACCAUCAAGAUGCUAGAAUCAAUAGAGCUAUACACGCCAUGAUGGCAAUGGGCUUUAGCAAUGAGGGUGGAUGGUUAACCCAAUUACUUGAAUCUGUCAAUGGUAAUAUUUCGGCUGCAUUGGAUUUGAUGUCGCCGGCACAAGGCCAAAGCAACAAAUAAAUUAGCAAAAGCUGCAAAAUGAGCAGCUUAGUAGUUUACGAUUUUUUUCCUUAGUAGUGUUUAAGUAAUUUAAUAUCUAACUGCGAAAUUGUAUACACUCGCUUUCGUCAUUGAACCUAUAAAUCUGCACCAGCAGAAACCAUUGGAAUCUACAACUUCCGUUUUAGUAAUCAACUAUCACAGAAGUUAUUGUUUCUUUUUUGGCAACAGAAAAAUGUUUUACGUGCACUGAGAUAUUUUCAGCAGCUUUGAAUAUAUAUACAUACAUAUUUGGUUUCAUAUAUUUUACAAACACAUGUAUACUUCAUGUAGUUUUCAUAUAUUCAUAUUACAAUCAUAUUUUACCCUUAUAAUAUAUUGAUAAAUGGUCUAUAAUAUUUAAUUAGAGGAAUCAUCAAUAUAUAUAUUUAUAUA